CAUAUCCUCAAUCACUGCAGAUAUCUUUCCUACUUCCCGUCUCUCUCAAGAUGGACUCUUUCCUUAGCCAGCUGCAGCUGCAGGUUGGUGACUCUCCGAUGGACACGCACGUGUGGUUCGACCUGAGGCUCAUACCUCUCUACCUCUGCUGCGUCUCCCUCCUCCUGCUCUUCCUGACUGCGCUUGCCUAUCUCCGAUCUGUAAAGGUGCGCGUAGAAAGACGGCUCCCCUAUCCGACGGUGUACGAGCCCCAGCUGCCUGGGAGCUCAACCGGGCUUGCGGACAGGGUCAAGGCGCAUGUGGUCGCUCGUGGAGGGCUGGGGAUCUAUGGGAUGAUGGGACUCAAGUUUGUUGGAUGCGCGGCGCUGUUCUGCGUGACGGGUGCGGUGGUUGUCAGAGAAUGGGGGAAGGGGGAUGAACAGUGGACAGAGGUCGGCCUGGGGGUAGCAUACGCGUACAGCACCGUCCUCUCUUUCCUUUCUCUCGCUCUAGGUCCUGUAGGACGCCAACACUGCCGGCGACACACGACCUUGCUCUUUCUUGCCUGCUUCAGCAUCUUCGGAUAUCGCGAUCUCCUCCCCUUGCUAACGUUCAGCGGUACGCCCGCCGAUCCCCCUUGGCUCCUCUACACCAACGGCACCCUACUCACCCUCACGGCCGUCCUACUCCCCCUCCUCACGCCCCGCCUCUACACUCCUGCCGAUCCUCUCCACCCAACCCCCCCGAACCCAGAACAAGUCGCCUCCCCUCUCUCGGUCCUCUUCUGGUCCUUCCUCGACCCCAUAUUCGUCGCUGCCUCCCUCUAUCCUGAGAAACUCGCUCAUCUCCCCCCUCUUGCCGACUACGACCAAGCCUCGUACCUCUCCCGCCGGGCCAUGCCCCGCCUCGACCCGGAGAGCCGGCGCGCCCAGGGACUGAAGGAGAGGCACAUCAUUUGGGGUGUGGCGGAAAUAUGGGCCUCGGGCUUCCUAGCCAUGGCCCUCUGCCUCGUGCUCAGAGUGUGCACUGUCCUCCUCGGCCCGGUGUCUAUUAACAGGCUGUUGGGAUACGUCGAGGACCCGGGUUCGGCGGAGGUGAGGCCUUGGGUGUGGAUCUUACUUCUUGCGGGCACACCCCUGCUUCACUCGAUGUGUUACCAGACGUACUUGUUCCUGACCACGCGCCUACUCGUGCAGCUGGAGAGCGUGCUCAUGCAGCUCCUGUUCAAGCAUUCACUCAGGAUCCAGUUGUUUGACGAGCCCUCUGUCUCUGCGCCUUCUUCGGAGGCCAUUUCGGGGGAGAGCACGCCCAGUGCUGAAGAGACGACUGUAGGGACGCAGACGGACAAUUCCCGAUCAUCGCCCGCCUUGAUCGACAAGGGGAAGCAAAGAGCUCAGCCUGUCCAGGGCACAAAGGAGAGCUCGCACCUUGUCGGGAAGAUCAACACUCUGAUCGGAACGGAUCUGGGCAACGUGAUGGGUGCCCGGGACUUCCUCUUUGUCCUUCUCCAAGCUCCGCUCCAGCUUAUCCUAAGCCUGUGGUUCCUGUACGCUAUCCUUGGCUGGGCAGCCGUCAUCGGCGUAGCGUUCAUGCUCUUGUGUAUUCCUGUGCCUGGGAUUGUAGGCCGGUGGAUCCACACCAUCCAGACGGAACGGAUGAAGCGCACGGACGCGCGCGUGCAGGCUAUUUCCGAGACGCUGAACGUCUUGCGCAUGGUGAAGAUGUUUGGCUGGGAGGGCCGAGUGAAGACCCAGAUCGCGGAGAAGCGCGGCGAAGAGCUCAAAUAUGUCAACCAGGCGCUCAUCGUUGAUGUCCUCCAUUCCAACUUGAACUUUGUCAUACCUAUCGUGGCGAUGAUCCUCACCUUUGCUGUUUACUCCCUCGUCUUAGGAUAUGAGCUCACAGCGUCGAAACUAUUCUCAAGCAUCGUCGUCUUCGACAAUUUGCGCUACCAGAUCUUCCUCUGCUUUUCCCGCAUCCCCUCGAUCGUCACCGGCUGGGUGUCAUUGGAUCGCAUCAAUGAGUUCCUCCACAAGACCGAACUACUAGAUCGCUACACCUCAGACAGCGCUGCGGCGGUGGCUAUCGCCCGUGGGCCCCCUGAGCCCGAAGUCGUAGGGUUCCACAACGCAACUUUCACCUGGCACAACAUCAAGCCCCACGUGUCAACUCCCGGUCGACGCAACUUCCGUCUACAUCUGGAUGACCUCGUCUUCAAGCCAAACACUAUCAACUUGAUCAUAGGACCGACAGGAUCGGGUAAGACGUCGAUCUUCAUGGCGCUACUGGGGGAGAUGCACUUCCAGCCAUCGGGGCCAGAUGCGUGGUUUCAUCCGCCACGCGAGAAGGGCAUUGCCUACGCUGCGCAGGAAUCGUGGGUGCAGAACGAGACGAUUAGGGACAAUAUCAUAUUUGGCGAGCCUUUUGACGAAGAGCGGUAUAACAGCGUCAUUGAGCAAUGCGCGCUCGAUCAUGACCUAGCAUUAUUCGAUGCCGGUGAUCAAACUGAAGUCGGCGAGAAGGGGUUAACACUCUCUGGCGGCCAGAAAGCACGAGUUACCCUGGCUCGUGCUGUCUAUUCCCGUGCGAAGGUUCUUUUACUCGACGACGUCCUGUCUGCCCUGGAUGUCCAUACUUCAAAAUGGAUCGUGGACAAAUGUUUCCGGGGUCCGCUCGUUCAGGGUCGAACUGUUCUCCUUGUCACUCAUAACGUAGCGCUUGCUGCACCUGUGGCAGGAAAUAUCAUAUCUCUCGACAUCAAUGGCAAGGUUAUCGGCCAGGGGAGCAUAGAGCAAGUCCUUUCCCAUGAUGCUCAUUUGCGUGAAGAUAUGGAGGAAAGCCUCAGAGAAUUGGAAAAGGCACGGAAGCAAGAGGACCUGGACAGGACAGAGAAACGAGUGAAACAGGCAGAUGGUAAACUUGUAUUGGCCGAGGAAACAGCCGUGGGUCACCUGAGUUGGAAAGCCCUCUAUAUCUUCUUGUCUUCUUUUGGCCAAGGUGGCUUCUGGGCCUUCGUGUUCAUCAGUGUGUUCUUUGUAGAGAUGGCGCAGAAUCUCGCUACCUGGUGGCUUGGUGUAUGGGCUUCUGCGUAUGUACGACAAGACGCUGGGGGCUUCGUAGUCAAUGUGCCAUACUACAUCGGCGUGUACACUGCCAUUGUUACUGGCUAUGUAAGCCUUUACAUCACUGUGUCCAUCACCUUCAAUUAUGGCACUAUUCGGGCUGCCAGGAAAAUCCAUGAUCGCCUAGUACAUGCCAUGCUCGGAUCCACUCUUCGUUGGCUGGACAGCACACCAGUGGGACGCAUUGUGUCGCGGUUCACUCAGGACAUGCGACAAAUGGACGGACCACUGGCCGAAAUCUCCAUGCGUCUUAUCGAGUUGACGUGGACGAUGGUUACCAAGUUCGCCGCUGUGAUCUACUUUUCUCCAGUCUUCACGAUUCCUGGUAUAGGCGUUAUCGUGAUAGGGGGCUGUCUUGGACAGAUCUUCAGCGCCGCUCAACUUGCCAUCAAGCGCCAAAUGUCAAAUCGACGCUCUCCUCUAUACAGUCAUUUUGGUGCCGCCAUUGCUGGUUUAACCUCUCUUCGCGCAUAUGGCGCCGAGCAUUUUUUCGAAGCAGAGCUUUUGAGAAGAAUUGACUUGUACUCCCAGUCGGCCAGGACAUUCUACAAUCUCGACGGCUGGAUUUCCAUUCGAGUUGUCCUACUGGGUAGUUUAUUCUCCGCGGCAUUAGCAUCAUACCUGGUGUACCAAAAGGUCUAUGUAGGGGCGGGUAAUAUCGGUUUUAGUUUGAACAUGAGUGCUGGCAUGGUUGGAAUGACGUUCUCGUGGAUUUUGAAUCUCAACCAAUUCGAUGUCGCAGCGAACAGCCUGGAACGCAUUGUUGACUACCUGGUCAUUGAGCAAGAGCCUGUCUCGACCGAGAAGGGCAAGCCGCCCGCGUACUGGCCGUCGUCUGGCUCCAUGAAGGUAGAAAAUCUAUGUGCUCGUUACUCCAAGGAUGGGCCGACUGUGCUGGACAAGCUCAGCUUCGAAAUCAGAUCCGGAGAGCGAAUCGGUAUAGUCGGCCGCACAGGAAGCGGCAAGAGCUCUCUCGCUUUGUCUCUCCUGCGCAUGAUACCCACAACUGGUGUCGUAUACUACGACGGAAUUCCCACCAAUGAGAUUAACCUCGAAGAGCUUCGAGCCAACAUAACGAUCAUCCCCCAAGACCCUGCCUUGAUGUCCGGCAGUCUUCGGUCAAACUUGGAUCCUUUCUCUCAGUGUGACGAUCAUGUCCUCAAUGACGCACUCCGAGCAGCAGGGCUCUUUAGUCUCCGAACAGAGAACCCGGAGGAUGCAAUCACACUUGACUCGAUCGUGACCAGCCGUGGCGGCAACUUCUCCGUUGGACAAAGACAGAUCAUUGCUAUGGCAAGAGCGAUUGUCCGUGGCACAAAAGUUCUUAUUCUCGACGAAGCGACUGCCGCCGUAGAUGCUGCGACUGAUGGUGUGAUCCAAGCAUCCAUUAGAUCCGAAUUAAAGCAUGUCACACGCUUAACCAUCGCGCAUCGCUUGCAAACCAUAGCCGACUAUGACCGAAUCAUGGUUCUUGAUGCUGGCAAAGUUGUGGAGUUCGACACACCGACAAGGCUGCUAGAAAUAGACGGCGGAGUAUUUCGCAGUCUCGUGGAGGAGAGUGUCGAUAAACAGUUAUGGGGCAUGGCUCGGAAGUCUGCAGUCUGA